AUGCCUUCCUACAUCGUAACCUGCAAGAAGGAUGCUACACCUGAGCAAGUCGAGGCGGCCAAGCAGCAUGCGCGCGACCAAGGCGGCAAGAUCGGCCACGAGUACUCUCUGAUCAAGGGCUUCCAGGUUACCUUUGACGAGGGGACUGUCAGCACCAUGGAAAACCACGAACAUGUUGAGGCCGUUGAGCAGGACCAGGAGGUUCGGACGCAAUAG